AUGUGUUUUCAUAAAAAAUGGAGAAAGUGGAUUGCAGAAUGCUUAAAAUCAGCAAGGGUCUCCAUUCUAGUUAACGACAGCCCGACUAACGAAUUCAGGAUGGAGAGAGGACUUCGGCAAGGUGAUCCGUUGUCACCAUUCCUAUUCCUCAUAGCUGCUGAAGGAUUUAGUAUGCUAAUGAAAAAGGCGGUUGAAUGCGGUGAAUUCAUUUGGUACAAAAUCGAGAAAGGAACUGAUCGAUUCACACAUCUGCAAUAUGUUGAUGAUACCUUGAUUAUUGGGGAUAAAAGGUGGUCAAACAUUCGAAUUAUUAAGGCGAAUCUUUUGAUGUUCGAAGUAAUGUCAAGACUAAAGGUUAAUUUCAACAAGAGCAAGAUAGUAGGGAUAAACAUCCAUGAUAGAUGGCUUGAAGAGGCAUCAAAGAUCCUAAACUGUCAAAAAGGCUUCAUUCCCUUUAUUUAUCUAGGCCUUCCCAUUGGUGAUAACCCAAACAAAAUUAAUACAUGGUGGCCUGUUAUAGAGACUGUGAGAUCCAGACUCUUGAGAUGGAAAAAUCGUUAUAUUUCUUUCGAUGGUCGUGUAGUCCUUAUCAAAUCAGUCUUCCAUGCUCUUUCGGUCUACUUCCUCUCGUUCUUCGAAGCCCCGACAGGAAAGUGGAAAUGGAAAAUCAAAUCGGAAAGGCACAGGCUAUGGUUAAAGGCGUUGAAGAAUAGAUAUGGGGAGGAAGAGGUCAUGAGGGGCAUGGCUAGUAGUAAAGAUUCAAAUUGGUGGAAAAAGUUGUGCAAGGUAUCUGGAAAUAAGUUUGCAAGUGGUUACGCAUUUCCACUGCUUUGCACAGAGAAAGUAUGGAGCAUUUUGUUCAAUUUGAAGGAAUAA